AUGGAUGGCUGCAAGACACAUGUAUCAUACAACAUUUCUAACAUCCUAUCUGCUUAUGUGAAUCACUGUGAUAACAAUGAUUAGACAUAUGUAUGGCUACAGUCACGAAUCGAUAAUUUAAUUUCUGACUACAAAAACAGACGCUGAAAAUGAGACCUGCUCGGAAACAUAGGAGAUCCCUUCGGCUCAGUUAAUUCCAUUGCCAACGACUACAAAAUAACCAAACAAUCUCAAUUCUCAACAUGGCUGACAGACCAGGUGGCCACUGGUUUUCAAUAUCUUACAAAUAGUAAUGAAAACAUUAUCAAAGCGGUUCGAUCCAAAGUGCAGGUGCUCUUCAAUCAUACCCGUACCAUCGAACGUGACUUAGCCUGCCGUUUAUAUGCACAAGACUUGUUUACUGCUGCUAGACAGGAGAUCUUAGGUCUCGGUUUACACAAAACACCCAGACAUGUUUUAAAAGAUCUCAAAGACAUUUUGGACUUACACAAAUGUUACGAAUAAAAAAAAAUUAAAAAUAUAAGGUACUCUGAAAUAUUAUCUACCAUUAUGAUGUACACUGGAAAUGAAUGAAAUAGAUGCAUUGGGUUUUUUGUCACCUUUCCUUUACUACACCCAGAUCAAGUUUAUCUAAAUUCAACUACUAUUUGUUCAAUUGGUACAGUAGUAAAAAAAAAUCAGGUAAUAAAAUGGGACCACCUCACUGGAUAAAUGACCUUAAAGGGCUCUGAGACCUUAUUUACAAGUCGCACUUGCUGCCAUGAAAUGCAAAGUUAUAUUGUUUGUACGUGUAAUACCUUGCCACCCUUUUCCUCCAAUGACAGCAAACUUAUAAUUGUUGAAUCACUAGAUGGGUAUGCGGACACGGUUCAAGUGUCUCACACACGCAAGAUGAAUUCCUCCACUUAUGGAUGGUUAACCUGUCCUGCUAACCAUUCAUUUUGUCUAGAAGUAACAGAGGACUUCUCAAUUGGUCAGAUUAAUGUCCUUGAAAGGAUGCCGUUAGAUGCUGAGGUCUCCCCUUGGUGGGAUGACACUUUUUAUGAACAAGGAACACAGGCCCUGAUUGACACAUUGGAUUAGGUGCAAAGGACAAUCUCACAGACUGAGUAUCACCUCUCACAAGGCCAGGUGAAAACAAACCUGGCUCAAAAGACUGCAACAAUUCUGUCCAGCUCAUCCACUCGUCCAGCACUGAAUGCCUACACAUGGUGGGAGUGGAUACUUCUCGUAUGCGCUGUUGGUAGCGCACUUAUUUUGUGUACACUGUUUCAAUGUUGUUUUAGAUAUCUCAUCACAUCGUUAAAGACAUCUACAAACAUUGCCCUGGCUUUCAGCCUGCUGCUGGUGCCGACACUACAAAGACUUCACUGA